AUGUUGAGGGUUCCGAUCUCCCGGAGCAUUCAGCAAGGUCUGCGUGYCCAUUCGCGGAUCCAAUGGCAGAGCGGGAGAGCUGUUGUGCUGGCGAGAAGCUUCGCCGAGAAAAAGACACCCGAUGAGGUCGUCCUCCCUGGAACUCGCAGUCAGGAAGCUCCCGGAGUGCCCCAACCCGCAAUCCUCGGCUCCACCACCGACAAGGCCGCUCCGCCUGAGAUUCCCAUCGCGCCGCUUACCCCUCCCACCCCGAUCCAAGUGCAUUCCAACGCGCCUCCCGCCGCUCCCAUUACACCGGCCUCCCCUCCACCUCCACCGCCCAAGAAAAGACACCGCAUCCGCUCCUUCUUCCUCACCCUCUUCCUCCUCUCCACCCUCGGCUACGCAGGAGGAGUCUACUACUCUCUGGUCAACGACAACUUCCACGACUUCUUCACCGAAUAUGUGCCCUAUGGAGAGGACAGCGUGGCGUGGUUUGAGGAGCGCGAAUUCCGGAAGAGAUUCCCCGCAAAAGACCUCGGCGGCAAGACAUGGCCUCAGACGCGUGGGGAGAAUAAGGUGACCAUUGCCCGUCAGAGUGGUGUUGCUGCGCAUGUCGCCGAGGAGAAGAAUGUCGGGGAGGAUCUGGGCAAGAAGGGAAGGCAUACCAGUGCCUUGGCCGAGAAUGCUGCGCCAAAGAAGGAGGAGAAGCCUGCGACCAUUUCCAAGUCAGAGGUGAAACCCGCUUCUUCCUCCUCAGCACCCGCUUCUUCAUCCUCAGCACCCAAAUCUUCUCCUUCAUCCACUCCUGCAGCACCCGCCUCUUCGCUCGUCGACCACACCAACAUCUCCGAAGGCACGGAGCCCGCAGUCCAGGAGCUGGUCAGUCUGGUCAACAACAUCAUCACCGCCGUCAACGCCUCUCCCGAAGCUCCGAAAUAUGCUUCCACCAUCGCAGAGGCCAAGUCCAACAUUAACAAGGUCAUCUCCGAAAUCAAGACCAUUCGAGAUCGAUCCCUCCACGAAGCCGACACGCAAGUCAAGAACGCACACACCGAGUUUGACAGCGCCGCAAAGGAGUUGGUUCGUCGUUUGGAGGGGGAGAUGAAGGAACAGGAGGCUCGGUGGAGGGAGGAGUACGAGCAGGAGAGGGAGAAGCUCAGCACCAGCUACCAGCAGAAACUCUCCGCUGAAUUGGAUGCUGCGAGGAGAGUUCUCGAGCAGAAGAACCAGAAUGCUUUGAUCCAGCAGGAAAUCGACCUCCAAAAGAAGUUCAUGGACAGCGUGAAGGACAAGAUUGAAGAGGAGCGUGAGGGACGUCUCUCAAAGAUUGAUGAACUCUCCACCAGCGUCUCGGAGUUGGAGAAAUUGACCGGGCAGUGGAAUUCCGUCGUGGAUGCUACCCUCCAAACCCAACACCUCCAAGUCGCUCUCGAAAGUGUGCGGGCGAAACUGGUGGAAUCCGACCACCCGACACCAUUCAUCAACGAACUGGUUGCAUUGAAGGAGGUUGCUAAGGAUAACUCCCUCAUCAACGCCGCCAUUUCCUCGAUGAACCCCUCAUCCUACCAAUCUGGCGUUCCUUCACAGGCCCAUCUCAUCGACCGCUUCCGCCGCGUCGCUUCCGAAGUGCGGAAAGCUUCACUUCUUCCCGAGGACGCCGGUGUGGCGAGUCAUGCCGCCUCGGCGGUGCUGAGUAAAUUCAUGUUCCAGAAAAAGGCCGAUCGCGGUCUACCGGGAGGUGACGAUGUUGAAGCCACAUUGGCGAGAACCGAGGUGUUACUGGAGGAAGGUGAUUUGGAUGCUGCUGCCAGGGAGAUGAAUGGAUUAAAGGGCUGGGCGGGAGUGUUGAGCAGAGAUUGGGUUGCUGAGGCGAGAAGAGUGUUGGAGGUCCGCAUGGCUGUCGAUGUCAUCUCCACCGAGGCGAGAUUGCAGAGUCUGCUGGUCGAUUAG